ACUGCACAGCAGGCAGCUGGAGCGCUGGAUGUGUUGUAGGGAGGCGUGUUGACUGACUCCAAUAAGCAGAUGGUUUGAUGUGUACUCCGUCAAUCUGGAAACUUGAAAGAGCACGACGAUCUUCAAAGGUUGUAUUAUAUCAGCAGCAUUUGAAGAAUGCCAGUGCUGUUGUCAAAGGAAUGAUAUUUUGACUCAUUUUUGGCAAUUGCAUGUAAUCAACAACAGCAAAGGUUCCUUCAAUCAAUCCAACCAGGAACUUGGUCCUUGGUCAGAGGAGCUCACCUGCUCAGGAUCUGAGUUGAGUCAGCGAUGGCAGUUCGUUCAGGUAGCCCCCAGGAAGUUGUAAAGACAGAGGUGCAGUCCGAUAGAGUCAUCUUCACCUACUUCCAGGGUGACAUUGGUAGCAUGGUGGACCAACACUUCACCCGUGCCCUCGGCAAGGCCGGCAAGAACAAGGCCCCCAGCGGGAAGGGCAAAAAGAGCCGCAAAGCUGUCAAAUCUGAGUCUGACUUAACGUCUUGUCGGUGGGGUGUCUCAACCCCGUCCUGGUCUGAAGGCCACUUUGCCCCUGUCUCUGGUUCCCUUCAGCUGAGCAACACCAAGGAGUCCAGCUCCAGCCACCCCAUCGCCCUCGACUCCCCAGACGAGAGCCCCAGCCCCUGGGCCUUUGCCUCCAGGCAACAUGGUGGUCUGGGCCUUCCCGCCAUGGCCUAUCCCCAUGCCAUGUCCCCUGAGGGCCUGGGGGUCACUGGACAGCAUUACACCAACUCCCUGCUCAAUCUCCUCCACAGUGACCGGUCAGAGGUGGCUGCAGACAUGGUCUCAGGCUCCAAACCAGAGCUUUUCCCUAGCUGGACGGGUCACCCGGUCUUCAGAGAACCCAUGAACCCUGACUCAGGAAUAGUUCUGGAGAAAAAGGACCUGUAUUGGUAUUAAAUUAAGUGUCACUGCGCAGGGAAGAGAGAGAAGAGUCUGCAACACAUUCAUGCUGUGCUCCCUCCUCUGGUAAUCAGACAAUUUCCUGCCAAACCGGCCUCCUCCACAGCCACUCUCAGAAGGAUAUCAGUUCCUUGAAAUGCAACAGCUGGAACGGCCUCUCAGAAACAAAACACUUUCUGACUAACCUGUUUGCAAACCAGAUUAUAAUUCAAGGAGUCGGGGGGUGGGGGAUCAGUGUCAAAAAUAACCUGUUUCGACUGUGGAGAAAGUUUACAUUAAAUACUUACAUCAAGUUCCUACUUAAAAAAAAAAAACAUUUUUUUUUUUACAAUUGAACAAUUUCAAACAUUUAUUGAAAUAUGAGUGUUUAUGAAUAGCUGUUGCUUCCUUCAAUGUGUGCACUUCGGAAGGAGGGUUUUUUGAUGUGAUCUUCAUUUGUGAUGUGGAACCAGCUAAUAAGGUUUAGCUCAUAGCAAAUGAAUGAAAUGCAGUUGAUAUCCUUAUGAUUGUCAUGAAAAUGAAAGGGGUUUAUGGAGAGGUUGUUGAAAUAGGUUAUUCAGAGAUUGUCUACUUUGUAUGCUCAGCAGCAAUCUACAUUGCACUGUAGGCAUUGACACAAACCUCUUUUACUGUAAUAAUUGAGUUGUAAGACUUUGGAUUAAACAUAAAACUUUUAUCUGUUACAUCUUAAUGAAGUGCAAAAAAAUCUGGACAUCUGGAUUGAUCUGGAUUAGAUUAAAUAUCUUUUGCCUGGAGAGUGUACAUUACUCUCACAGGAACAGACCUCGAGCCAUUUAGAACAAGUUUGACCAUACUGCCACCAUAUGGCUGAAAACAUGAAGAGGGAAGAGGUGCCAAAUGUACAAAAUGUCACUAGAAAUUAAUAUUAGACUAUUAAAAUGUUAUUUUGUUUUCUCAUUCAUUUUUCAUGUGUGGAUAUUUUAUUGAUGCAUAGUGGAUUAUAUUCAGUAAUACAAAAUAAAAUAUUUUUUCCGCUCCGAA